AGCUAAAAUGCAUAUAUUCGUUAAAAUAGCCUUUCUGAUCUACCAUUAAUCUGACUAACAACAAAAACUAUUUUAAGAGACAUUAGAAGGAUGAUAGAGAGUGCAGAUAAAAGUAAAGAUGAUGUUCCUGAUCCAGAAAUCAGCUCUGAAUAUUCCUCUGAUGAAGCUCCUGACCCAGAAAUCAGCCCUGAACCUCCCACUGUCCCAUCAGAGAUUGCACAUAAACACUUAGUUACAAUGCAGCGGUUAGCAAAAAAACGAAGGGUUUUUCUCGUUCAGAAAAUUACCAAACGGAUUAAACUAUUAAAAAACAAGAAAGGCAACGAAGCACAGCUGAGUAAAAACCAGAGAAAGGUCGAACGAUUGUUUCAACGGAUAAACGAUAUGAAGGUACUGGAUUUCAAAGAUGUAGUUUCUGAAAUGGUCAAACAAAAUUUCAAAAUAUCAGAUAACCAUCAGGAGCAAACUAAAGAAUGGUUUUUGUAUGAGUUGACUCAAGAUAAAUCGUCUUUUAUGUACUUUGUGAACUCUUUGGAUGAGUCUAACAAUAUGCAAGCAGAAGGUAACACCGUAAAUAAUUCUUCGAUACCAAAAAGGGAGCUUCCCUCUUCGAACGGUAGUCCAAAAAAGAAAAAACCCAAAAAGGAUGACUUUUCAAACAAACUGUCAUCCUUUUCAGAAAAGGGUGAUAACGUAUUAAACGAUAUUAUUAAAGAAAAGAGAAAUCGUCCUGGUCAGAGAGCAAGACAGAAGCAGUGGGAGGAAGUAUAUGGAAUUCAAGCCAAACAUUUAAGCAAAGAUAAACGAUCAAACGAUACCAACAAAAGGGACAGCAAUAAAAGGGACGGCAAUAAGAGGGACAUUGGUAAAAGUAAAAAACGUGCACCAGUUGAUCUUCCUCCUCAAGAAAUUAUGAAAAGGUUAAAAGAGAAGGAGAAAGAAAAAGAGAAAGAGAAAGUUUCUGUAAAAGCGGAGCACCCCUCAUGGCUUGCAAAGAAACAGCUGUCUUCUUUGACUUCUAAAAUUGAUGUGUUUGCUGGUAAAAAGACUACUUUUAGCGAUGAUGAUGAUUGAGUUUAGUUUUGUGACAUACCUACUGAUAUAGUAAAUUAAUGGUGGCAUGUAAUGGGCUAAGACGUCCAAGCUAUCAUUCUCUAAUAAGAAUCAUAGGAAUAACGGUUGAAGGAACGACAUUUUUAUCAAUCAGCAUUUUUGUUGUUUUUACUAAUUUUAAAUCUGCUAUUUAUAUUACAUACUUCGAAGUGAAGCAACAGAUCUAAUUUA